GUCGGCGAUGGCGGGCGGCGGGCAGCGGCUGUGCCGGCGGCUGGAGGGCGAGGCGGCCCGGGCCGUGCUGUCCGCCGCGGACACCGUCCUGUUCGACUGCGACGGCGUGCUGUGGCGAGGAGAGACGGCGGUGGAGGGAGCGGCGGCGACGCUGGGCCGGUUGGCGGCGGCGGGCAAGCGGCUCUGCUACGUGACCAACAACAGCAGCCGGACGCGGGAGGCCUACACCGAGAAGCUCCGGCGUUUGGGCUUCCCCCCCGCCGACACCCGACACGUCUUCGGCUCUGCCUACUGCGCCGCCCGGUACCUCCGCCAGGCCCUGCCGCCCGGCGCCGCCGCUUACGUGCUGGGCAGCCCCGCCUUGGCCGCCGAGCUGGAGGCCGUGGGCAUCUCGCCCCUGGGGCACGGCCCCGCCGUUCUGCCCGGCCCCUCGCCCGCCGACUGGGCUCAGGCUCCCCUCGACCCCGCCGUCCGCGCCGUCCUCGUGGCUUUCGACGAGCACUUCAGUUACGCCAAGCUCUGCCAGGCCCUCCGGUACCUCCUGCGCGGCGGCACCGACUGCCUGCUCGUCGGUACCAACCGCGACCACCGCCUCCCGCUGGAGGGCGGCACCGCCAUCCCCGGGACGGGCUGCCUGGUGCGGGCUGUGGAGACGGCUGCUCAGCGGGAGGCCAUCAUCGUGGGCAAACCCUCCCGGUACAUGUUCGACUGCGUGGCCAGCGAGUUCCACAUCGAGCCUGCCCGCACCAUCAUGGUGGGGGACCGGCUGGACACAGACAUCCUGAUGGGCAACACCUGCGGCCUCACCACCCUCCUGACCCUGACGGGGGUCUCCACGCUGGAGGAGGUGAAGGAACACCAGGAGAGCAGCUGCCCUGCCCGCCAGAGCCUGGUUCCUCAUUACUACGUGGAUAGCAUUGCUGACCUCCUCCCUGCACUGGGGGAUUAGCAGAGCCAAACCCACCCCCCCAGCCCUCUGGCAGGCCCCUGGUAGUCACCUCGUGGCAGUGAGGUACUCACUAGUUACCACCUCGAGUUACCAACCAACCAACCCCUGGCUGUUUCACCUCCCUGUCCUCUCAGUAUGAUGUUGUUUACACCUCAGUCUUUAAAUGCACUUUGAAAUGAAGAGGGCAUUACGGUGUCUCCCCCCUGCCUCCCUUCUGGGGCUUUUUGAUUUAUUUUUUAAAUUUUUAAUUAUAAGCACCACAUCUCUCCAAAACGUUUGUGAUGCUCAGUGUCAGGUUGUCCUCUCUAGACUGAGUAAAGCAGAGCUGGUUGAUCUCAGGAGAAGCUGGUAGUGUGUCCUGGGCUGGAGGGGUCAGGGCUCAGGCUGAUUUAUUCAGGGAAAGGACUCUUGGGGUGUGUGGUAACUUAGCAGCAGUGUUUGGAAACACCCGUGCUGGUUGGUGCAAUGUGCCUUUGGCCUUAGCUCGAUGGCUUUUCCAGCAGAGGUCCUGUCCAGCAGCACAGCCUGCUGCAAGGGUCACCUCAGGUCAUGGAAACUGCAGGCUGGCUGCUUGGCCUGAGCCUGGAACUGCACUCGUGGUGUGGGUUAGGGGAAUUCCACUCACAGGACACAAACAGUGCCUCCUGUGUGUGCCUAGGUGGUGGGUGUAUGUGUAAAGCACACGUACAUGCAAGACCCCCCCUUCCCCUUCCUAAAUAUAUAUCAGAAUAUAUUUAAAAUAUAAAUUUAAAUAUAGUAUAUGAUAAUAUAUCAUUUCCCAGAAGGGAGGAUAAGAGGAAUGUACUUCACUGGUCACAGUGGCUUGGAACUAGAUGAUCUCUAAGGUCCCUUCCAAUCCAAACCUUUCUAUGAUAAUUCUCCUCAAGCUUUUGCAUUUGGUAAUGCAGAAAGUCUGUAACCACCCAGGACUGUCCCUCACACCUUCUGCUGCCCAGGGAUAACUGCAUUAGGACUCAGUUCCUUCUUGGCCUUCCCUCAGCAUCUUCUUGGCUUUAGCUGCAGGAUCAGAACUGAGGCUCAGCCCGUGGGGGGGACAUAGUUCAGCUUUGCUCCCAAAUAAUCCUGUGGGUGCUGGCUGGGGGUGGCAGCAGCACGUGCUUCCUUUAAAUACCCAAGGGGAAGGUCUUCCAGGGGCCUGGCUGCUGGGCUGGGGUGGCUUUGAGGUUUGCUUGCUCAAGAGAUGAUCUCGGUUUGAUCUUCAGAUGUGUUUGGGGGAUGCACAGCUCAGGCUCCCAGGUAGAUUUUUUUAUGCUGGCUGAAUCACAGGUGAAGGUUUAUGGCAUUACACAAUCAACUGAGAAAUGACAUAUAUGCAAAUAACAGGCUUUUAUUCCACAGAUUUCACUAUUGCAGGAAAAUCUAAGCACUGUCCUUCCUUCCUUCACCUCCCACUGGUAGCUGGGUAGCUCUGGCAGGGUGCCAGUGCCAUUUCCUUCCACUCAGACACUGGAAACCAGCACCACCACCCUCUGUGCACAGCAAUAACCCUGCAGUCCAUGUUGUCCCUCAGUGUUCCCAGAAUGUCAGCUGGAUCUUGUCAAAGGCUCUUUGUUUGUACCUGGGGAGGGGGUGCAGCAGAAUCCCUCCCUUAUUCCCAUUUCCAGCUGGAAAAACUGGGACCAGGUAAAGAAACACCCAGAGGUGGAACUUCCACUUUGUAUAAGGUGGAAAUGAACAGUGAGGGGUUCACUGCAGGUAGGGUCCAACUGAAGGGGGGGUUUGGUUCUGGUCCUGGGGCACUCAGAGUGUCAGAACCUGUCCAGCAAAGUGGCCAGAGGAGCCCUGGGCCUCACUGUUCCCUGCAGGAGGGAACCCUCACCUCCAUCACCUCUGCUGAAAUGUGCUGGUGAAGGUGUCAGUCCUGCUUCAGAACUCUGUAUCAGCUUCCAAACGGUUUGAAACCUCUACUUGAAUCCACAUUAAACUUAGAAACUGCUUUCCCCUG